AUAAUUAGGGGGUGGAGAGAGACGCAGGCAGUAAAAUAUGUAUUCAACAAUGGAAUGCAAAAGCUUGAGUAAAGUGUAAAUUCGAGACAUUUCACAGAAGAAUGUUAGUCUUGUGUAGGCUAAUGACUUAAUCUAAUUAUUUUCCGAUGUUGUAGAGCAAGUGUUACCCGAUUGUCUGGUGUUUUGCAACUGUUCGAGUUGGAAUUAACAUUUUACCUCGUGCGUCAGGUAGGCUACGGACUACGAAUAUCUGGAGAGUGAGCGAAAGAAAUGUUUGAAAAGUAAACCGAAAAGUUGUGACCUUUUUUUCUUGUUACUGAAUAUUUGGAAUGUAGUUAUACUGUAGAAAAUGUGUACACAAUUUGUGUGCUACUGUAAAUAAAUCGAGCAGCUUUGGUUUGAUUGGCAAGACCUACGAAGAGACACGAACACCUGACGCACAGUCCACCGCCGUAAACUUGUCUACAAAUGUUUCUCCAAAUAGGCUACUCCAAUGGCAACACUUUACUCUCAUGUUUUUAAUAAUAAUGAGAUUACGAAAAUGCAUUAUUUCAUACCAUUUUGAAGCUUGUUGUUCAACUUGGAUAGAUUUUGGAACUCCCUAAGAUUGAUAUUGGGAGUGCCCCUGAAUCAAGGGAUGGAGUUACCUGUCCAGGGCCAGAGCCAGUGGGGCACAGCGUGGUUGGUGCUAUGGGCAUUUGCAGUGUGUGUGUGGGGUGGGUUUGUGGAGCCUCCUCCAUCCUUCUCCCUGCGUUCCUUGACGGAGGUUGAGACGCGGCUGCCCUGUCAGUUUCAAGUUCAGGAGGAGGAGCAGGUAGUUCAGGUCAGCUGGUUCAAGGAGCUACCUGAUGGCACAAAGGAACAAAUCAUCACUGCCCACCUCACAGAGGGACACACAGAGUUUGGGCGAUACUCUGGGAGAGUGAGGUUUGAGAGCAGUAGCCCCACAGUGGACUCUGCCCUGCUCAUCAUGAACACGGAGGAGUCUUAUGAGGGGAAAUACACCUGUCACAUCAGCACAUUCCCCUAUGGGAACUUUGAGAGGCAGCUGUCACUCACUGUGUGGACCCUACCAAUCUCCUCUCUGGACCCAGUGGUUCUGGAGGAGGGCCAGUCCUUCCGCAUAGCUGCCUCCUGCCGCUCCGUGGCCCGUCCUCCACCUCGACUGACCUGGGAUACGGAUCUCCCUGGUCAGAACCAGACCCGCAGCUCCGAGGGCGGGGCCGUGUCCACCCACUUCUCCCUGCACCCCCUGAGGAGUAUGAACGGCAUGCGGCUGGACUGCCUGGUCUGGCACCCUGCUCUGGAGCAACCCCGGAGGAUCAGUAACCGCCUGGUGGUGCAAUUUCCCCCAGAUGCAGCUGUCACUGGCUAUAAUGGAAACUGGUACAUGGGACUGAAGGGAGCUGAACUCAAGUGUGAGACUGGAGGAAACCCCAAACCACAGAGCUUCACCUGGACCAGGGGUGGUAAGGCCCUGCCAGACGGUCUCACUGUGAAUGGAGCAAGGCUUCUGUUUGGCCGAGCCCUGAGACAGAAUGACACUGGAGUUUAUGAAUGUGUGGUGAACAACGGCAUUGGGACAAGGAAAGUAGAAUCGAACAUCACAGUGACAGAGAAAAUUCGCAGUGUGCAGGAAACCACUGUUGACACUCUAGUGAUGAUCAUUAUAGUUGUGGCUGCUGGGGUUUUGGUCAUCGUCAUGAUCAUCAUCAUCAUCUUAGUCAACCGAUACCACAGGCGCAAAAACAGAAAAUUAGAGAUGGAGCUUAGCGAAAGAACGUUAAAAAUCAACACACUCUCCAGACAGGACUCCUCCCGGAGACUCAACUCUGUCAGCACAGACCCCAGAGGACAGAAUGAAGACUGUACACUACUCAGACUAGACAGUAGAAUGAAAAACAGCCUCAUGUCCCUUGAGGACCGUCCCAUCUAUAUAGGCAGUGAAUCAUCCCUGGGUGGGAGGCGGGGGACUGUUGGAGAGGGGGAUGUGGACUACCUAGGCCGCCCUGUCCUGUACCAGUCUAGCUGGCAUGAGGGCAGAGCGAGUAUGAGGGGCUUGGAGAUGGAGGGAGAGAGGGAAGAGCGCAGACGAAGGGUGGAGUCAUACCUGAAGAGAAGCAAUAUGUCCUUGGACUCUGGCCUUCCUUCCUCCCUUGUCCCCAUCAAGCCCCAGGACCAGGAUGGCAGUGUGGGGCCCACAGACAUCCCCCCAAUGCUCAGUAACCUGUGUGGCCAGAGGGAGGGGGUGACCAAAGGGGAAGACUGGGGCCACAGACGGGCAGUGCUGGAGGUUGAUGAGGCAGACUGUGACACCAGUUCUUACCAGAUCUCAGAGGCGCUCUCCAACCACUUCCACUACAGCAACGGGUUCCUGCGGCCCAAACCACACUCCAACGCCAUCCUCCUACACCCCAGAGGACAGAUCAUCUAGACAUGAGGCUUGGCUGAAAAGGGAACUGCACUCAGCUCCACCCUAACCUAGUGGUCAUUAUACAGAAGUGAGGGUUUGGCAACAUGCUCACGUUCAUUGCCAUUUGUCUUUUCUUUUUUUAUCAGCAUUGUCUUCUUGUAUGUCCUAAGUAGAUAUUGGACAAGAUUGCACCAUCACUUUGUAUCAACUAUAAACCCAGUCUUGUGUAAUCACUCAGUUGUGAUUGUGCUAUCAUUUUAGCUAACCUUAUAGUUCGGAUAUCCAAAUAUAUCCUGACCUUGUGAGUUAGUUAUUUUCAUGUUCAUUUCAACAACAAUUUAAAAGGGCUCAAAGUUGGAUAAUUCAGAUUUUUAUUCAUACAAAUGUAUGCAUUGACAAAAGCAUGUCCAUUGUAGUGUUAGUCUGGCAUAGGUCUACAAAAACCUAAAGAUGGAGAUACUCCUCUUAAGCGUUGCUUAAAAGGUUACAAGCAGGAAGCUGUAAACCUGCAACUCUGAUCCCUCACUACAGUAUAUAAGCACCACUAGUGCAAUAGUUGUGGUAGGGUCUCACUGCUCUCACUUUAUAGAAUGGGAAGACAAAAGUAACACACUGCUGCUUUCUGCAAGUGUCUUGAUGGUCUUAUCAACUCUGUUCUCAGUCAUUAGAAAAUGUUGUUCUACAAUGUUUUUAGUUGUCUAGUCAUGGUGAUAACGAUCAGUAGACAGUUUGGUUUGUUCUGAGGGCCCUGUGUACUCGCUGGUGUCUGCGGAGAUUACUCUGCUGAGCGAAACACCUCCCGCACAUCACACAGCUGUAUGGUUUCUCUCCUGUAUGAAUCCGCUGAUGCAUCUCCAGGUGACCGACCCGGUCAAAGCUCUUUCCACAGAAGGAGCAAACAAACCACUUCUCUCUUGCUGGGGUUCUCCUUGGGGAUACCUUUGCUGAGUUGAAACCAUUUGAACAAUUUGGGGCAAGUGAGAAUACGUUGUUUAGCCAAACAUUGGAAUAUCCUGCACCCUCAUUGGCUAGUGUUUGUUUGUCUGAUGGCACUCUGGUAGUUGUCCCAUCCUGGGUUCUCUCUGGGUGCAUGGUUUCUCUGUGCUGUCCUGGGUGUGCCUGAGCCAAAUCUGUAGGGGUCCUUCUGUCAUUCCAAACAGACUGUGCUCGCAUCUCUUCUUUCAUAACUCUGUUAAUGUCACCCAUCUCGGACGAUGGAAUGCUAUCAGGACCCUCCACUGCACUUUGAAUGAGCUGUAUGUCUGUAUCUUGAUCCAGUGGAUAUUGUUCUGUGCACUUAUGGUAAUCUGGACCCUCCGAGUCACAGUUGCGCUCUGUUAAAGACUCCCAGAGCUGACUCUCUCUCUCAUCCACAGCAAACUCAGUUUCCUCAUGAUCUGAUCUCUCUGUGCCAUGUUCACUUACUGAUGUAUGUAGUGAAAUGACAUCAUACUCUUCCUGCUCAGUCUUCACUAACUCUAGUCCACUAUCCUUCUCUCUGUGGCCUGACCUGUUCUGUUCAAGUCCCUCUACUUCUUCUGCAGGUGGCUGUGGUCUAUUUUGAUGCAGUUGGUCGUCUUUCUCUCUGGCGUUCUGCUCAAAUGAAGUCCUUUCACCAGGAUCCUCAUCACAGCCUUUGGACCCUGAAAGGGAAGGUUUAAAGGAACUGUCAGUAUGUAAUGUUUUUUUAAAUAAAAAUGAUAUUUUACUUUA